AUGGGGAACAGAAAGAACAAAGAAAUAGUCCGAUGUGAACUGGAGAGCUAUGUUGCAGCUGAGAAGAAGAGUUCCUCUCCGAAUGUAAGGCAGGCUGAUGCCAUCCAAAAAAUGAUGUCUCUCCCGGAAAAGAACUUUGACGAGCUAGUCUCUGACAUCGUCAACGAGAUGAGAAGAAGAAGUGCUAUGCCAUCCUCUACACCAGAAACACCCAUGCAAAGGAAGCUCUGCAGAAUCCAUGAAGAUGGAUUCAAGAGCCUCAUUUUGGAUCUUUUGCUAGUGAUGAGCCAGAGGUCUCCCGAGGAUGGAUGUUCUCCAGAAAAUGUUCACGGACUGAUCGAUAACCUUGACAAGCUUAUAUCUUCGCUUAAGGAGGACAUGAUAAACGAGGAGAAAAUGGUCCAAACCAUAUACUCCUCUCACAGCACCUUAGAGAAAGUCAUGCUGUUUAUUGAAUAUACCCGUAACGUCUUUGACCGGAAUGGAGAGGAUACCAAGCUUCCAGAGUACAUGAUGAAAGAGAUCAAGGAGUACUCUGACACACAGGACGGAGAUGAGUUCGAUCUAAUGUUUAAUGCGGAUAUGCUCCUGAACAAAUGGGACAGAUCAAAGUAUAGCAGCCUUCCAGAAUACAGGUACCACAGAAGCAACAUUCAAAGGCUGGAAGUCAUGGAUCUGGAGCAUGAGGUGAAGAAGAGGCUCAUAAGAAACGAGAUAUCGCAAAUAUAUUCUCUUCUUGCAACAGAGGACAUCAACCUGGAAAGAGUGAGAGAAAAGCAUCUCGAGUCUCGGGUUUAUGGCCUUGUUGACAUUCUGUCCAAGAUUAAAGAUGAUGCCGAGGAAGGAAAGCAAAUAGAUGCCUAUGAAUAUCUAGGAGACGUGGCUGGUUCGAGUGAGGACAUCCUCGGGCUUGCUGAGAAUAUGGGGCUAGCGAACGAGACGCAUCUAGACCACCUGAAGAUGAAGAUAGCCUCUUUAGAGCAAAUACAUGACAGAAGUAGCAACGAAGAGCCCCUCCCUGCCAUGUUUGCAACAAUAGAGGCAGUGAAGAAGGUCUUGGGGGAUAUCUCCAGAGGUCGAGGAACUCAUUAG